UCGAGCCCCCCAAGGCUGCUGGGUGACAGUGGGCACCUUCCUGGCCCCCUGCGGGCUGGCUGUGGACGCACUUGGCCGCUUCCUGGUGACGGACUAUGUGUCUGGGGCUGUACACAGCUUCACAUUGGGCCCCACCCUAGAGCAACUGGCCCCAGCCUCCAUGCUAGGUCUAGAAGGCCCCUGCUGGGUGGGUCUGGGGCCCAAUGGAGGCUUUGCAGUGAGUGAAGAGUUUGGGGAUGUGCGGCUCUUCGGCAGUGCCCGCCAGCCCCUGGGUUCCCUAGGCGGCCUGAAUGGGCAUGCCUUUGGCAGCCCCGCAGGUGUAUGCACUGAUGCAGAAGGUAGUGUUAUUGUGGCAGAUGAACAGCGACGCCAGGUGAUCUUGUUCCCCCGGGCUGAAUCACCCAUUUGCUUGGUGUCCAAGGGGCUCAGGCGGCCCUUAGGUGUGGCCUGUGUGCCCCAGGGCCAGUUUGUGGUUGCGGAUGCAGGGGACAGCUACAUCAAGGUGUACCAGUACCACUCAGAGCUGGCCUGA